UAUGUGUGUCAGUGUGUGUGUCAGUGUGUAUGUCUGUGUGUGUAAGUCUGUGUGAGUUUAUGAAUAUUCAUGAACCUCCACUCCACGUCUCACUUCACUUCGCCAGACUCUCGGAGAGCCGCGCCUAAGCGAUGGGCACCACUCGGUUCACCUCUCCUCCACGCUCUCCACCCUCGCGCGCCCGACCAGCCAUGCCAACAUCGCUCCUGGCAAUGGUGGUGAUGGUGGUGGCGGUGGUGGUGGCGUUCGGACCUCAGCCAGCCCUGGGUUACCCCUACGAUGAGGACUACGACGCCUAUGACGACCGUGACGGUGGCGGUGGUGGUUCCUACAACCCCUACGACCCCUACGGAGGUGGUGGAGGAGGUCACCAGUCCCACUGGACGAACGUCUACCGACAAAGGUUCUACUUCCAGUGUCCGCCCGGGCAGGUGCUGAGCGAGCUGCGUAGCGAGCACAGCCCACAUCGGGACCACGUGGACCGCCUUUGGGGCUUCCAGUGCCGGGUGGAGAGCCCAGCCAUGGUCAUGGGGGAGUGCUUCUGGGAGGAGUACAACCGGGCAGGGCUGCCCUGGUACCAGCUGUGCUCGGACGGAGCCGUGGUGGCCGGGGUGCAGAGCAACUACUUUGAGGCGGUGUUGGACCGCGAGUGGCAGUUCUACUGCUGCCGAUUCCUCAAGCAAUGCCCCUACGGCAGCUGGAUGACCCAGGACGUCCCCGACUACCCGGGCCAGGAGCUGAGAUUUUCCCUCCUUCCGGAGUUUUACAUCCGGGGUGCGGCCACGACCUUCAGCCCCGUCGAGAGGGACCGGCAGUGGAAAUUCGUGGUUGCUCGCCUCGGCGCCUGCCCCGACUACUGAAGACGUCCGCACUUACACACACAGAGGGCACGUGCUGUAGUACACAACCUCUCUCACAGGCUGACAGGGGGCACGUGCUGUAGUACACAAAGCUCCCCCGUGUAGCCUCUCUCACAGGCUGACAGGGGGCACGUGCUGUAGUACACAAAGCUCCCCCGUGUCGCCUCUCCCACAGGCUGACAGGGGGCACGUGCUGUAGUACACAAAGCUCCCCCGUGUAGUCUCUCUCACAGGCUGACUGGGGGCACGUGCUGUAGUACACAAAGCUCCCCCGUGUAGCCUCUCUCACAGGCUGACUGGGGGCACGUGCUGUAGUACACAAAGCUCCCCCGUGUCGCCUCUCUCACAGGCUGACAGGGGGCACGUGCUGUAGUACACAAAGCUCCCCCGUGUCGCCUCUCUCACAGGCUGACAGGGGGCACGUGCUGUAGUACACAAACAAAGCUCCCCCGUGUAGCCUCUCCCACAGGCUGACAGGGGGCACGUGCUGUAGUACACAAAGCUCCCCCGUGUAGCCUCUCUCACAGGCUGACAGGGGGCACGUGCUGUAGUACACAAAGCUCCCCCGUGUAGCCUCUCCCACAGGCUGAAAGGGGGCACGUGCUGUAGUACACAAAGCUCCCCCGUGUCGCCUCUCUCACAGGCUGACAGGGGGCACGUGCUGUUAGUAGCGAGCAGCAGACUGUGGUAUAGCAGGGGGUGGUGGAUAGGUCAGCACCACGCACGCCCGCCCGGCCGCCUUUGUCUUCCCCAUUGCUUCAUAUUUCACACACGGACCGCCCUCGCCACGUACUCAUUUAAAGGCUGAGUCGACGUAUCACCCCUACACUCACCCCUACAAUCACAUAGACUCACCCCUACACUCACCCCUACAAUCACCCCUACA